AUGAGUGACGGCAUCUGCCGAGCCAAUAAGCCGGUGAGUAAAUAAAACCCUGCUGAAUUGCUCCUAUUCCACCUAAAGAAUCGAUCGUCGCCAAGGGCAACAAACCGGUACAGGUGGGGGCCCCAAAUGGUGCUCUCUGUUUGGAUUAGUGGGCUGUCAACAGCGGCAAGGCCACCACAUUCAUUCUAGAUGUGCACUGUUCCAUGGGGCUUGUAUUCAACACAACACCUGAAGUGUCACUACGGCUAUUACACUGUCUGUGGCAGUUGUGCGAAUGACUCUUUAGAGCUAUUAUUCUUAUAGUGAAAUGUAUAGUACCGUAUGCUUUGAGCGAUCAUGCAUACGGUUGAUUUCUGAUGGGCUGAUGCUAUGUGAAAAAUGUAUUUAUUUUUGUUGAUGCAUCAGGGCAGCUCGAACAACCAGAUGGUGAAACAAGGGUAAGAAAAAUUGAUUUGGCGAUUUCGAAUAGUAUUUGAACCCAGGUCUGGGAAGAACAUGACUGUGUGUGAGAGAAAUAAGAAUAAUGUAAAUAAUUCUGAAACCGCAAACAUAUGGUCAUUGAGGGAAAUGGAACAAUCAUAAUUUCGCUACCACCAUCUACCAACGCCAGAUUAAUUAAGUUAGUUUUGGACCUCAGAGAGGCUUGGAAGGCCAUGCAUGACAAACUUACGCAAAUUUAAACCACCACUAACCCUAAACUCAACCAAUUGUAAUUCCUUGCCUAAACUUAACCAAUCACAUUAUUUGCACUGAAUUUAACCAAUCACAUUCAUUUCUGUCAUCGAGGAAGAGACGCCCUUAUAACAAAGCUCCAAUCUACAAUACAUUGGAGAGACAUAAUGUGUUUUUUAAUGAUGAUGCGUAGUGGGAGGAUUAAGAAAGUGUUCCUAAAGCUUUACUUUUGACCAGGGCCCAUAGGGAAUUGGAUUGCCAUUUGGGACGCAGCCUCAGAGUCUCUGAGUUCUCUUCCCUGGGAGAGAGCAGCAGAGAUCAGAUGCUUUACCUUCGGCUGUGUGGAGGUGAAGUGAGCCUAUUGAUUAAAGCUGAAGUCGCGAGUGUGGGACUGUUCAUUAUUUGUUUUUGCUGUAAGCUUUAGAACCUGAUAAGCCUUUUGUGGGCUUUAUAUCAGUAUGUGUGUGGGCAGCUUGGUCUCAGACUAGACGUAAAUCCGGGACACUCAAAUGAGUAUGACAUGUUAUGUUUGGUACGGUUAAUAAUAAUAAUAAUAAUAUGCCAUUUAGCAGACGCUUUUAUCCAAAGCGACUUACAGUCAUGCGUGCAUACAUUUUUUUUUGUGUAUGGGUGGUCCCGGGGAUCGAACCCACUACCUUGGCGUUACAAGCGCCAUGCUCUACCAGCUGAGCUACAGAGGACCACAUAAGACAAAUGGUUACUUAAGGCAAAAAAUAAAUUAGGGUGGUUGGUGGUUGCGAGUUUGAAUCUCAUCACAGACAACUUUAGCAUUUUAGCUAAUUAUCAACUUUUCAACAAUUUACUAAUUUUUAGCUACUUUUUAGCAUCUACUUAGCAUGUUAGCUAACCCUUCCCCUAACCCUAACCCUUUUAGCUAACCCUUCCCCUAACCGUAACCUUAACCCUAACCUUAACCCCUAGCCUAGCUAACGUUAGCCACCUAGCUAGAACUCUCUCUCGCUCUCAACUAUAGUUCAGGCACCAGUGAGGUCAAAGUGAAUAUCUAAGUAGUGUCCUUCCAUGAGACUCAGCAUGUGAUAGACCAACUCAUUGCCAAGAAUAGGAUUAUCCAUCAGCCCCUUCUCUUGGCAUGUCUCUUUGUGAUCACCUCUCUAUGACCCUUAACCUGCUUCAGUGAUGAAGUAAUGAGUACACACACAUGUGAUGCAUGCAUGUGCAUAGAUAAAUAUGCAGACAUGAUGUGCAUGGACAAAUAUGCAGACACAUAUGGACACACACGGACACACAAGUACAAACCAAAUACAUGGAAUGACCCAUAGCCAGCCAGCUAGCAACCAGCGAGCCAGCCAGCCAGCCAGCCACACAAACGCACACACACACACACACACAUACACACAGAGCCAUACAUAGAAACAUGGCUGUAUGUUUUUUUCUGUAUGCAGACCCACGAGCAUCCCUCCCUGCCUCUGUCUCCCUUUCCCCCUUCCUCCUCUGUCACCCCUCCUCCUCCCUCCCUCCUCCUCCCUCCCCCUCCCUCCUAGAAUACUAAUUUGUGCAUCUCAGCCUCACCCCUCCUUAACAUGACUCAAAGCGUUCCCCCCUUCACUCCUUCCUCCUCAGCUCCCCCUCUCUUUCUCUCCAUCUGUCUCUCUCUCUCUCAUCUCAUCUCUCUCUCAUCUGUGUAAGAUGAAUAUGUUAAAUAAAUAAUUUCACUCUUUCUCCCCUUAUUCAGCCAAUACUUACCCAUACGUUAAUAUUCUAGUUAUUCUAGUCUAUUCCAUAUUAACCAACAGAUAUUUGCCUAUUUUAAACACAUGUUUUAUGACAUUCAACACAACCGAAUUCUACAGCCAAUACUGUCAAAGCAUUGAGCUCCAUAGGGGAAAAGCCAGUAUUCAAUGUGUGAGAUUUGACUCUGAGCAUAAAAGCAGUCACUGAGGGAGUAGGAGAGAGUCAGAGAGCUUAAGCACCCUUCCAUUGUCCUCCUGCCUCGCCUCCUCACAAUUGAAUCACUGUCUGUGUUUAUAUGUAUAUUGUGUGAGUAAGAUGAAGAGAGACAGAAGGAAGGAGGGGCAGAAGGAGAGGAAAAGAGCUGUACUGCAUUGUCAGAGAGAGAGAAAGAGGGAGAGGUAGGGGAUUAGAGACAUACUAGACACAUUUAUCACACCAUCAGAAGAUGCAGAGCAUAUUUCCAGUUCAUAGAAUAGGUCAAUAUUUCUGCUAAAUUAGUUAUACUUGAAUAAUUUGCAGAGUUGGGAUAUUAAUGACAAUGAAGUAGCUAAUACUUGCUUGUCAUUAUUUCAAUGAUGUCAGGUCUUUCCUUCCAUCCUCCCUUGCUCUCAGACACGUUGACUUACUGACUGACUAACUGGGAUGCUCCAGUAUCGCAACACUGCACUCUAGCUGUGUCUCUGUGUGUGUGCCAGUGUGUUUGACGAAGGUAAGGAGAGGGAGAGAGGGAUUGCACGAGAGAAAGGCAGAGCAGAGAGAGAGAGAGAGAGAGAGAGUGAGAGAGAGAGAGAGAGAGAGAGAGAGAGAGAGAGACGUGCACACACGCACACACACACACAUACCGAACGAGACGCGAGGAGAGAAGAGGAGUGGAGAGAAUGCCUGGUGAAAGGGUGGCGCUUCCUCGCUUGCUGCUUCCAGGGCCUCUGUGAGAGAGAUACCAUGGGCUGCAUCGGCUCCCGGACCAUCAGUAAGCAGACCCCAUCUUUUUCCCCUUCUGCUUUUUCCCCAGUGACGAGAGAGAUGGAGGAGGGUGGGAGUGGGGGAGGGGGACUUUGGGGGGGACUCUGAAUUUCUCAUCUGAAGCCGUAAGUACGUUUCUAUGGAGACGUGUUGGUUAAUGGGGCUCGGCAGCGUACGACUGAGGCUAGACAGACAGGAGAUGUUUUUAUUUUGCAUGGUGAAUGCUGGGAAUAGGGAGAACAGAGGAAGUGACAGAGGAAGUGAAGGCAGGACGUGAGGCGAUUUGUAGUGGACUGGAAUACGGGCUGACUCGGUUGACAUUUCAAAUGCAUAUGCCUGAUGGGCUGUACGACCAUGUGCGCAUGGCGAUAGGUGCAUGUGUGUGUGUGUGUGUGAGAGAGAGAGAGAGAGAUACAGAGGGUUCUGAGGAGAUAGAGAGACUGAAAUAUGACGUAGAGGUUGUUUACAAUGAUCUCAGGGGAGACAGAUGAAAGGAGAGAAAGUCAGAGAGGGGAGAGAGAGAGAGGGGGGGGGGGGAGAAACAAAGAAAGGAAUGAUGUGAAAUCCUGUUAGCAGUGUCUCUGCAUGGUAUACUGUUGCACAUAUAAAUAAUGAUGGAGAGAAAAAAGCCAAAGAGCGAAGCAGAGAGAAAGAGAGCAGAUCUCAGAAUUUCUUUAUGGAUGAAGGGAUCGGAGGGAGGGAGAGAUGGAUGGAUGAAGGGAGAGAUGGAUGGAUGAAGGGAGAGAUGGAUGGAUGAAGGGAGAGAUGGAUGGAUGAAGGGAUGGUCAUGAGGAAAUGGACUGUUAGUUUGACUGUGUGAGUGUGUGUGUGUGUGUGUGUGUGCACUCCCUCUUGUUUAACCGCCCUCCUGCCUUGACUUAGAGCUAAGGUAACCGCUUGCUGUGUCUGAGAAAAUCGUAAAUGCUCCCCUCUCCUCCGUUGGAGUGCGUCAUGCCGGCGGGUAAUCAAUUGAAGCAUGCGUGCAGCAGUGCAUUUCAGGUUAGAAGGUAUAAAAUGGAGACACACACACAAACUCGGCUGGACUAUGACCCGCAUUGGAUGAGUCAUAACCGAUCGCGACUAACCCAGGUGUGAGCCUGGAUGCGCUGCACAUGUAGGUCAAUUGAGCAAAGUCAACGCUGCCAGUGGUUAAUACAGCCGGCGUAACUACAUUGAGGUGUAUGGCUCAAAGGAGCCUCAGUGCUAAUGGUAUCAUGGAGCGUACUGUAGACUGGUCUGUGGAACUCGUACGGUCCACACGGCUGUGACAUAGGCAGUGGAUGAUUUCAUUGAAAUCGAUCCGGCUCCCAUGGGAUUGGAUAUUAUGUGGUGUGUUAUACUGUAGAUAGUGUAACGGAGAUUAAUUGAAGCGUGGUGUGUCGUUUGUUUGGAGCAUACAUAAUGGAGAGUGAUUGCCCUCUUUUAUUAAACACUUCAUCAAGCCUUGUCAGUACCUUUAUGAAAACAAAUGUGGAGGCUCCCGGUCAGAGAUGAAUUAAAUAAAUAAAUGGAUGGCAGAAAAUUUGACCUUUGAUUGUCAUUGAGCUUGUAGAUGUGUAGCAUGUGUUUUGAGCGUGGUAAUGAAAGCCAGCCUGGCGUUUUAGAGACAAAUUAGUGUGUGAAAUGUGUGAGUGUCUGAAAACAAGCUAGGGAAGGUGUUAGUGUGGAUGUAGCAUUUGGAGCAGUAAAAAACACUAGAGUUUUCCCUCUAACUGGGUCUCUACACUCUACAAUAUGUUUUAAUACAAAAGUCAAUGUAAAGUCACUACAAACAAAGACAAAAUCACUCAAGAUUGAUGAAGAAGUAGUUUCACAAUGUCUCUCCUCUCUCUCUCUCUCUCUCUCUCUCCUCUCUCUCUCUCUCUCUCUCUCUCUCUCUUCUCUCUCUGUCUCUCUCUCUCUCUCUCUCUCUCUCUCUCUCUCUCUCUCUCUCUCUCUCUCUCUCUGUCAUGGUUUGACUCUGCAGAAUAAACACAUGGGUUCCAGCAAAAUGCUGUAAAAUGUGUAUUAUAGAAUAAUACUUUAAUACUAUUAUAGUGAUACUAAUAAUACUAACUGCCAACCAGCUUUGUCUAAUAACAAGACAUGGGCAUGUUAGUGCAUCUUAUCACAUUCAAUGGGCCAUUUUAAAUCAUGUGUGAACUGAGGUUGAUUUCUUGUGAGAAACAACAACAGCCCAUUGCUGAGCGCGCAUUGUUAUAAUAAGCAUAUAUUGCUAUAUAUAGCAUCUGAUAUGGAGUGAGGUUGAUGGAUGCGAGUGGAGAGGAGACGCUUAAAGUAAAUAUGGGUCAACAGCACAUCCCUACACAGUGUUUAGCUCCUCUGGGAAACAUUCAGAGGAACCAUGUUUCCCAGAGUAACCACACAAUGCCAACAAGACAGCAUGAUCUGAUUCUACUGUAUUCUACUGUUUUGCCAGAUGUAUUCUUCCGGUGAAUUGUGUAGAGUGCCUGACCUAGUUAUUGUAUUCCAUUAUGUUCACAAUGGAUGGUGUUUAUGAUGAAUGGUUACCCGACUGUAUUUAUUCCAAGACUCCUUUAUUUUAUGGCAGGCGAAACAGAGCUCUACAACCGUGUUUAUUCAAUAUUGUCUUGGUUUGUUCUGUGGUUGUAUUCAAGGAAAAUGUGCAUAUCACUUAUCAUACUUAUCAUAAUGCUUCGUAACAGGCCUUAUGAGGCAGAUUAUGCUGAUGUUAUUCGAUUAUCGUUCAAUUGUACAAUAGAUAAACUAUGAACGAAAAUGCUGUUAAUUAAAUAAAUGUAUCCAUGGCUUUUGAGAGAUUCUAAAUUUCACCUAAACUUAAAAGGAAUUGGUCAGUGGAAGUGAAAGUAAUAAGAAAUACAGCUGAGAAAUUGAGGAAUACCAUUCAUUCCAUGUAGUGUUUUUCUGUGUGUAACCAUGACAUGUUUCCUGUGACCUUUUCCAAAUAUCCCUUCAACCGUCACAUAUCUGUGAUUUACUUAAUUUGUCUUUCAUGGGUGGUGAGACAUUUAGCAAGCCUCAGUGGCAAUGGAAAUAUUGGACGUUGAUGUCAUGUUUUCUCCUCACUCUUCAAAAACAGUCCAAUUACUGAAAGCCAAUGGAUGUAGGCAAUUUUUAUUUUUGUUGUUUGUUGUAACCCUUUUAACACCGUAAUGGUUCAUUACAGUAAAUAAAAUAAUGAGUUGAGACCUGGAUUUAAGGGUGAAAUCAUGUAUUGGAAAUAUUGAUGAAUUAGUUGAAACUCUAUGAUGCACUGCAUAGUUCAAUAUACAACAUACACUAUGUAUUAAACUGAGUUACUGUAUAUUUUGAAGUACCAUAUCAGGUCUGUAUGUUUCCAAGAAGGAUUUCUAAAAAUAAAUAAUGAAAGUAGGCCUAAUGUAAUGCUAAAAUGGGAAAUAGCUGAAUUAGCUAAGCCUACUCAUAGUACCAUUAAGUUCAAUUAACUCCAAUAAAGAGGUUUUGUGUAUUUAUAUUACUAUAAUGUAAAUUAUACAGUGUGAAACUGAACUACUAGUAAAUAGACCAACUGGAACAUGGAAAUGAUCAUGUCAUGACAUGAGCGUGAAUAUAUCAGGAGAGAAGCAAAGCACUGCUCUGAAAGGGUCUGUUUAUGUUUAUUUUUCUGUAUACUGAAAGUAUUUAUGUUUUUGUAUACUGAAAGUGUUUAUGUUUCUGUAUACUGAAAGUAUUUAUGUUUUUGUAUACUGAAAGUAUUUAUGUUUCUGUAUACUGAAGGUGUUUAUGUUUCUGUAUACUGAAAGUAUUUAUGUUUUUGUAUACUGAAAGUAUUUAUGUUUCUGUAAACUGAAAGUAUUUAUGUUUCUGUUUCUGUAUACUGAAAGUAUUUAUGUUUCUGUAUACUGAAAGUAUUUAUGUUUCAAAUCUGUACUGAAAGUGUGUGUUCAUGUGAUUGGUGAAACUGCCACUUUCUUACAUAGGCCUCCUUCAAUUUCCCAUAAACAAACACACUACUCAUUUACAUUUACAUUUUUGUCAUUUAGCAGACGCUCUUAUCCAGAGCAACUUACAGGAGCAAUUAGGGUUAAGUGCCUUGCUCAAGGGCACAUCGACAGAUUUUUCACCUAGUCGGCUCGGGGAUUAGAACCAGCGACCUUUCGGUUACUGGCACAACGCUCUUAACCACUAAGCUACCUGCCGCCCUACUCAAAGAGCACAGUUAGAAAGAUAUUGCAUUUAGAAGCAAACCGGAUGGACAUCAUGAAAAUAAUCGGAGAGGUUGAGAGUAGAAGAAGUUCAGGAGCAAAAAAAAAAAAUAUAAAAAAAAAAUAAAAAUAAUAUAUAUAUAUAUAUAUAUAUAUAAAUAAAUAUAUCUAUAUAUAUAUAUAUAUAUAUAUAUAUAUAUAUAUAUAGAAUUAUUGUAAAAUUAACUCUGUCCAUAAGGUGUAGAUAGUAAGUAUAGACCGGAAGUAGAGGCCUGGGCGUUGUUGUUCACUAAUUUACUCCAAGUAGGGAAAGGAUGGUGGGGUUGAAAAGUAAUAAAGGGGAAUAUAUAUAUAAAAAAAUUUAAAAAACAUGGGGGAUUGGAAGUGAUGGCAGACAAUUACAUUGAUAGAAGAUACAAUCUAUCUGCAAUAUUAAGCUGAUCCAUCCCCCCCCCCCCCCCCCCCCCUAAAAAAAAAGAAAGAAAAUAUGUAUACUAAAAAAAUAUUAAAUAUUAAAUAAAUGAAUAAAAAAAACAAUAAAAAAAAAAAAAAACGCACUACUCAACAGUGUGCUGAAGCCUUGACCUGCCAGAGUCCUGCUGUAGCUUGUUGUGCACUAUUUAGCACCGCUCAUCUUGUUUGUUGUUCUGUUCUAUUGAGUGUCUUUGAGAUAUUGCAUUACACAGGAAUGCCCCCCAAUAUUGAUUUCAUUAAUAGUGCUGACAGACUGACUGACGGAUGCUCGGUACUGAGCGGAGCACACUCGCUGCGUCUCACACACCGCACGGCUGAUGACGUCAGUUGACUGACGACUCGCAAGGUGACGGACAUGGGGCCAAGGUGACUAGUCGAUGGAGUUUGCUUGACAGGUGGUCAUGGUUGAGCUGCUACUGACCUUUAGUGUGGAAUACUGCUAGUGAGCAUAGGUAAAGAGGGGAGAGAGAGGGGCUCAGAGAGAGAAGAGAAUGGGAGGAAGGAAUUUGGAAGAGUGAGAAGACUAAAGGAGGAAUGGAGAAAAGAAGACAGAGAAGCAUGGGUUGUGCUAUAGCUGGGCAUCAAUGGCUUAGGGUGGCUAAGUGUUAACUUAAUCUCUGAGACAUAUCAUUUUAAUUAGUAGCAUGCUGUUUUGGUAUUUAUUUAUUUUUUAUUUUAUUUUACCUUUAUUUAACUAGGCAAGUCAGUUAAAAACAAAUUCUUACUUACAAUGACGGCCUACACCAGCCAAACCCGGACGACGCUGUGCGCCGCCCUAUGGGACUCCUAAUCACGGCUGGUUGUGAUACAGCCUGGAAUCGAACCAGGGGGUCUGUAGUGACGCCCCAAGCACUGAGAUGCAGUGGCUUAGACCGCUGCGCCACUCGGGAGCUCACGGUAGCUUUAUAUCCAGUGAUUUUUCUACCAUUAAUAGUUUAGAAUAGUUAUCGAACUCUUUGUUUAACCAGUAGUUACCCACUAGGAACACACUGGUUGAAUCAACAUUGUUUUCACGUAAUUUCAAUGAAAAUACAUUGAACCAACGUGGAAUAGACGUUGAAUUGACGCCUGUGCCCAGUGGGUAUGCAUUUAGGAUCCCAUGCUUUUGUAAAUUAGGUUGACAGUAUUUGUGGUAUCUCAACAGUUUUUUUUAAUCAAAACAAUGUAGCGGUUCUGUGCACAAAUACAGUCCCCUCAUAUAAGCUACGAAAUCAAUUCCCCUAGGUUGUCACUUUGGUUUCAAGCCCUGGUCUUACCGUGGCCAUACCUUACCGUGAUAAUAGCUGCAAAUGUGCUCAGAAUAAUAUUUUUUUCAGUACCUUGUCCCACUAGAACGGCCUUCGGCACCGGUACUGGAGCUGAGGUGAGUCAGACUUUGGCCUUCACCCUGAAUCAGUGUCAGGGCGCACGUCACCCACCGUGUGUCACCACCAAGACGCCCCACUCGGCCCCAAGCGAUCGUAAAAGACAGAUGAUGAUGGUCCCUAACAUUUCAAACCACGAGAUCUGUCAGGAGCGAUCGCGGCAGUGUCCGACGAUGCUCCCUUCCCCCGCUUAUUGCUUUGACGGCCCUCGCGACUUCUGACUUCCGCUCGGUUGGUCACAGUAGGCUAAAGCCCCUUAAGGAACUCGCUCGGUGCAGCGCGAGUGGCGAGCCCCUGCUAUUUCGCCCACUGUGUGAACAUAGACCUACCCUUCCCCAGCCCACACAAUUGGUCGGAACAAGGCUUUUCCCCCACCUUUGUAAUUGUACAAUUGUAUCAUAAGACUCCUGUGAUGGUUGAGGCCUUACCUCUCCUCUUAAAAGGUUCAAUAUCUGACUCCGAUGUUUUUGUUCAUCAAUGAAUGCGGGGAAAGAAAAUUCUCUACAACGAGACAAUUUCUACAGCAAAGUGGAGGCUUAGUUCUCCAUAAGGUCAAGAGGUAUGUCUGUCUAGUUUACUCCAAGCUGUUAGAUGACAGUGAUGCCUAUGAAGAUUGAAGACCUCUUGACAGUCCAGGGAGACAAGUGUGGGGUUAAGAUGAGUGUGUUUGGGCCUGUUUUCUAUUUGCAUGUUUUACAGGUGGAUGGACCUUACACAUGAGGUGUGGCAUUUAAAAAAAAUAAGUCUAAUCAACUGUGGACACAAUUCACAAUUCGGUGUUAAAAUAAUCUAUGUGAAGAUUCUUUUAACACCAACAAUAAAACAUUCACCACCUUCUCAUUCCAUUGGUUAAGAUGCAGGCCUGAUAACCUACCAUAAAACUGAAUUGAUACCAUUAAAAUAUUGAUCUACUGGAACGCCCCACCCUCCUCCUCGUAGUUUUGUCCCUUUUUUUGUUUGUUUUCUUCUCUGCCCCAUCUCGGUAUACCCUCGUAAUUUUUUUCUCUCCCAUGUCCUCUUUCUUUUUUUCUUCGAGCGCUACUACCUGUUCCCCACCCUCAUUUUCCUCGGUUAUCUUGGAGUUCCAUCAGCUGUAGAGGUCUCUGGUGUGUGAGUGUCUGAUGGAGGAAAAUGGCCUCCAGGUUCCCCUGGGUGUCAACUCAGCUGUAGUUAAAGAGAGAAGUGUUUCAAUUCAGAUUGUAGAACUCAAUUAGACUUUAUUUUAUGUUGGAUCUAUUUCUUUCCGUUUUAUUUGCUUGUUUAAAGGACACUUUCAAGUGUUAAAAGUGUUCACAUUUAGAUGGGGCUCUUAGAUAGUCAUGAAGAUGUGUUUCAAUUCAGAACUCCCCUUUUAUGAUGGAUACUGUUCCUUUAUGUUUGUUGCCCUUUUAAAGGACACUUUAACUGGUAAAAUAUUAAAGUGAUAUGUUAGGAUAUAAAACAUUACAGGCAAGUGUUUUAAGGAUUUAGAAUUAAAAUAAUGACUUUUUUCACCUUAUUUCUGUGUGGAGAAGAGGGCACACAAUGCAGUGUCAAUUUACAGUAUGUGCCAAUAUAAUAUUACUUUACUAUAUUUUCUGUAUUUUGGGUAUAAUAAACAAUAUGCCUUACUAAUAGUUUAAUAAUAAUGAAAACAUAACAUAUUAGCAUUUAUUAUGUAUUUCAAUGCAUGAUUUAGUAGGCCUACUAUCAAUGCAUCCUAAUGAUCAUGCAGUUGAAAUAGGCCAUACAAAGCUGUCAUUCAAUGCCUUUUUGAACAUAAUCAGUAGAGGAAUCUAAAGAUCUUGGCCCAUAAUGACACAUACUAGUUUUUUCUAAUGUGCUAACAUUUGGCGCAAACAAUAGUACAAUGUUAGUGCUUUGUGUGAAUGUCAGCAUAAAUGUUCGAGAGUGCUGUCAGCUCUACUCAAUAAAGGUUGCAUGAGGUUGGCUUCAUGUUUUUCUAUCUGUUUUUCUAUCUGUCUAGCAGCGGAUGCUGUUCCUGUACGGAAAGAUGAGGAACAGGUAUGGAUGACAUUUCAAUGUACAUUUUAUCCCCCUGAAGUGAAAUAUAAUUUGUCUGGAUUUUAUACCAUUCCAGCUCUACCCUCGAGUAAAUUUCUUAUUUAUGUCCAAUGGAUCCUUGAGCCAAGAUGGCCAUUGAGGAAAAGGUUUCUCAUAUCUAGUAGUGAAACUGAGCUUGACUCGCUCACACUGCUUCCUAUACUGAGAGUGCCAUGAUACAAUGUUGCUCAGAGAUGGUCUGUAUUGAAUUUCUCACAAAGGCCACUGGAGCAGGUCUCGAGAGCCCAAACCAUUACUGUACUAUAUGUAAUCUCCCACUCCAGGGACAUAGCAUAUGAUCCAUCUUACUCCUUUACCACUGUUGCUGUUUUGUUUUUCUCUCUUUAAAGAGGCUACAAGGCUGAAUUGCAAUACACAAUGGGGUAUUUUCAAACAGCACAAAGACCCUACACAAUGACAACCAACAAGACCACCACAGAUGUUUAAGCAUAUUCUACUACACUUAAUAUGCUCUUUGAAAAUUUGAAUUUUAUGGGACCCCCAUCCACAUCUCUGUUAGAUGUCUGACAAGCAACUUUUUUUUACACCAUACAUUUCUGGAUAUGAUGGAUGGAUAUGGAUUGGCCAGGGGCCACCUAUUUUUAUGAAAUCUGUCAACACAGCAGUGGCAGCUGAGCUGAGGUAGAUGCAGCCAGCAGCCUCGUAACACACAAGAUUAGAGAGACAGUACGCACUCCUCUGGACUGGCCAGAGCUUGAUGGCAACAACAAGACCACUGAUGUCUGAUUGGCCGAUUGAGACAAAAGUGUUCCCAGAAAUCACUAGGCCUGUUGCUAGGAAGAAGAAGUUCCAAGGACACUGCUGCUCUUCCUCUCCCUUCCUGUUAAUGCACAUUUUAACCAUGAUAAAUCAUUUCUAGUGAUGCCCCCACACCGCAAGCCCUCAUAAAUAAAGAGGAAGCACGGACCACAGUCACUUUUUUCGGUGAAUAAUUCAACAUUUUGUGGGAUUCUUUUUAUCCAUCCCAACUAAAGCAGAAAUCCUCUGGGCUGCUAGCUUGGACUUCAUGGGGCUUGCUUAAUCACUCUGACAACUCAUGAGGUGAUUUGUAAGAAAGUAUUACUAUUCAAGAUUCACUUGCCGUUGCAAUACAUAUUCCUAUAGAGACAAACAAGAAACGGCAAUAUAGUGGAGGCUGUUUGACGUCGACAUUUCAGGCCUUCCUCAAGACCAGUCUCCAUAAUAUACACUACCGUUCAAAAGUUUGGGGUCACUUAGAAAUGUCCUUGUUUUCGAAAGAAAAAAGCAAUUUAAUUUUAAAAUAACAUCAAAUUGAUCAGAAAUACAGUGUAGACAUUGUUAAUGUUGUAAAUGGCUAUUGUAGCUGGGAACGGCUGAUUUUUAAUGGAAUUUCUACAUAGGCGUACAGAGGCCCAUUAUCAGCAACCAUCAGUCCUGUGUUCCAAUGGCACGUUGUGUUUGCUAAUCCAAGUUUAUCAUUUUAAAAGGCUAAUUGAUCAUUAGAAAACCCUUUUUCAAUUAUGUUAGCACAGCUGAAAACUGUUGUGCUGAUUGAAGAAGCAAUAAAACUGGCCUUUACAAGUUGAGUAUCUGGAGCAUCAGCAAUUGUGGGUUCGAUUACAGGAUCAAAAUGGCCAGAAACUCAUCAGUCUAUUCUGGUUCUGAGAAAUGAAGGCUAUUCCAUGCGAGAAAUUGCCAAGAAACUGAGUGGGAGGCCCUGGUGCACAACUGAGCAAGAGGACAAAUACAUUAGAGUGUCUAGUUUGAGAAACAGACGCCUCACAGGUCCUAAACUGGCAGCUUCAUUAAAUAGUACCCGCAAAACACCAGUCUCAACGUCAACAGUGAAGAGGCGACUCUGGGAUGCUGACCUAAGGAAGAGUUGCAAAGAAAAAGUCCAGUGUCUUUUGCCCAUCUUAAUCUUUUCUUUUUAUUGGCCAGUCUGAGAUAUGGCUUUUUCUUUGAAACUCUGCCUAGAAGGUCAGCAUCCCGGAGUCGCCUCUUCACUGUUGACGUUGAUUCUCAGAACAAGAAUAGACUGAUGAGUUUCAGAAGAAAGUUAUUUGUUUCUGGCCAUUUUGAUCCUGUAAUCGAACCCACAAUUGCUGAUGCUCCAGACACUCAACAAGUCUCAAGAAGGACAGUUUUAUUGCUUCUUUAAUCAGCACAACAGUUUUCAGCUGUGCUAACAUAAUUGCAAAAGGGUUUUCUAAUGAUCAAUUAGCCUUUUAAAAUGAUAACACAAUGUGCCAUUGGAACACAGGACUGAUGGUUGCUGAUAAUGGGCCUCUGUACGCCUAUGUAGAUAUUCCAUAAAAAACCAGCCGUUUCCAGCUACAAUAGUCAUUUACAACAUUAACAAUCUCUACACUGUGUAUCUGAUCAAUUUGAUGUUAUUUUAAUGGACAAAAAAAUAGCUUUUCUUUAGAAAACAAGGACAUUUUGAACGUAGUGUGUAUUCCUAACAACAAGUUACACCAGGCCCCUGUAAAUGUUUCUGUAAACUUCAAAUCUAGUCUGUUCAACUAGGUUGAACUGAGCAAUACUCAUUAUAUCCAACAAGACAUCUACCCCUUGAUGCAAUGCUUGGACAUCACAUCCUUGACAGCUGUGUGUGAUGCAGACAGAAGCUGCAGUACUCAACAUCUUCCAAGGCCAGCCUCGUUCUUUCUGACAAAAUGCAAUGGCCAAUGGGCAUUCUCCAGUUGGGCCACUUAACUGCCCACAGAAGUUGCAGUUGCCCCUGGCAAAUAGGUCAGAGUUGACCUCAAGCCUUUCCUUGUUAUCACAACACUGGAGUAUGAUAGGCCUGAUGAUGGGUCAGAUUCUACAAUUUUAUGACUAGUGUAUACUCCCAGUCGGUAUUAGAUAGAACAUCGCAGCCCCGCCCACCUUGUGGGAAAACAACCCUUGGUUACCUUGGUUACCCCAUUGGCUCACAGCAAAAACUUGACCUUUUCUAACACAGUUUUCUUGUUGUCUGCUUGUUUUAGCCAAUUACAAAACUACAUUUAAGAAAAGUACAACAUGUCUAAUGAAAUGUUUUCGACACACAUAGCUACGUGUAGCCUACUUGGACACCAGGUCACCAAAAUGUCCCACUCUCCCACUCCAAAUAGCCUGAAGCCACAGGGCUCUUCUCGCAGGCUCUAUUUCCCUAUUGGAGCAUGUUGGUCAGGAUUUUUGACCGGGUUACAUGUACAUUGAACAACACGCUAGCUUUUCUGCAUGUUUUGUUAUUUCUGUAUAAGUUGGCUCUUGUACAAUGGGGGUCAAUGGAAAAUAAUGUUUGUUUUCCCCAAUUUGUGGGUGUGGUCAAGGGGAAUUUGUUCUUAUGAAGUGAAUAUCGACUCAGAGUAUUGUAGGAGAAUGACCUCACACGGGGCACCAUUUUAUGUAGGGAAUUUUCCUCACAAGGGGCACCAUUUAUGUAAUGUAUUGUCCUAUUUAUAAGGAUGUGUUAUAAUACUAUAAGAUAUUAUUCAAUUAUGAAUAAUGAGUUGUAUCCUAUUAUUGUUAGGGAAGCACUACAAACACUAACACUGACAUCACUGGCAAUAAAACUGUAUUUUGUCUCUUUUGGUUUCCAAAGCGUAUGGUCAAGCUGAUAUGAGAGAAUCUAUUCCCUCACAGACAGUGAAUUCUCAUCUCUAUUCUAUCCUCAAUUGAUCGGUAUUUCAAUCCUCCCCGCCCGCCUCGUCCAAAUCUCUCUUGCACUUUUUGCAUUCCACCUUCUUUACUCAGACGCUUUCUCUUCCUCCCUCCACCCAAAUCUUUACUUCUUUACUACGACUGAUUUCGUCCUGUGUAUCUUUUACACACCUUAUUUGUCAGUUUUGUUGUUGUUGUUGUUGUUGUUGUUGUUGUUGUAUGUGUUCUUCUUUUAAUGCUAUCCCCUCUCUGUUGCAUUCCCUUUCCCGGCUCCUCUACAAACAUACCUAUAUCUCUCCUGGCUUUCUUCCUCUCCCUUCCUCUCUCUCUUAGCACGGGCGUGCUGAGUUUUCCUGGGAAGGAAUCAAUGUAAGUCCUGUGCUAAUCUCUUCCUCUUCUUCCUCCGUCCCACCGCGUGGUUUGGCUCUCUCUGUCUGUAGAUAAGCCAACGUUUUUGUCCUUCAGUCUCUCCCCAUCCCAUCUCCCUCCCUCCCUCUCUCUAUCUUAGCGCUGCUGCUAAUCUACUGUACUGCCUGUGUUACAUAGUAUCUCAGGCUGGCAGAUAACAAGCUGUAAUAACCUUACCUUAUCUACAGUAGCUAAUGCUAGCUGCUAGCAUGAUGCUCCUUUAUGUAUCAAUCAUAUGAAUCACAGGUCCUACAGGUACAGUACACUGACUGCACAGUGAACUACUACACUACUGUGUUGACUAUCACUGGUUUGACCAAAGUACUGAUAUCAUUUGUGAUGUGUUGGAUAAUGUAAUGUAUUUUUGCUUAAUAUAUUGGUAGUUGUAUUUGAUCAUUUGUUAAGUAGGAUUUUCCCCUAUUUUAUUUAUUUUAUUUUAUCGCAUAUCUAAUCCUCAACCAACCAUAUUGUUUUACCCCUUCACAACAAUUGGCCAUUCGUCUCCCUUUUCCCCUCCACAAUUAUUUAUUUAUUUAUUUCCUCCGCUCGUCCCUUUCUACAGCUCUCUAUGGAGGACACUUCCUCCAUCCUGCCUCAUCUGAAGAGGAACUCCAACGCUUACGGGAUCGGUGCUCUGGCUAAGUCCUCACUGACAGGUGUGUCAGGUGUGUGUCUGUCCUGAUAGAUGGUAAACCAGCCCCAUGUUGGCUCCAGACAGGAAGAGGAGAUGGAGCCAACAUGGUCACCCCUGUGGGUGCCCUUUCUGUUUCACUCCCUGCAUCCCCAUUGAUACCUAAUGCACACAUCAAUGGCUGCUUAUAGGCAAUUGAUGGAAUCCAAUCAGAUUUGUGAAAAUACAAGUUUUAAAGUAAGUGCAGAAACCACAAUGCAGCUCCACAGGCGUGUUGGGAAAUGUAGUGUUUUGUAGUGUGGUAUUUGUGGUGGUGGUGUGUGUUUAUUGUGGUGGCAAGGCAGUUUUAUGGCUCUGUGCUUGUCUGUGCUCAGAGCCAUAAAACUGUAUUGUGGUCGUGUCUGGUGCAGUCGAAGUAUAUUUUAUUGAUAACGUGUUUGUGUUUAAUAAAGACCCCAAAUCCACUUUCCUUACUCUCAAAAUAACUUUGCAUAACACUGAAUACAAAUCUACAAUUACUAUUAUUUUAUGAAUUAUAUUUGCAUUUUUAUGAGAACUACAAUAUUUUUUAACUCCACUUUAAAUAUAUCAACAAGGCUUCAACCCAGCGUAUCUGCUGUUGCCAAAUGGAUUCAGUUCACACUCAAUUGAUUUAAUUCGAUUUUUAUUGCUAGCCCAACACUGAUUGAAUACAUCCUUCCUUAUCGUCAGAUAUUUGCAUUUUGAUUAAGGCCUUUUCAGAAUUAUGUUUACAGCAAAGAUAACUUUUUUUUCACAUUUGAAUUACAAACAAAUGCUUACAGUCUAAUGAAUCUCAUCUUCUUGAUUAAUUUGAUGAGCUCAAUGAGUUCUGUAUUUCACCCUUGUUGCUCACCACAGACGACUGAGAGAUUGAUGAAGUCAACAAGCCUUGACAAAUAAAUAGACAGCUUCUAAUAAUGCAGCAAGCCCCAUCUACACUCACUUCAAUCUCCAACCACCCAGAGCUGCUGAGAGACAUGCAUGAGAGAGGAAGAAGCCAUUUUGUACCGAAUUCAUAUUCGGCUACAGCACCAUUGCCUCCCAGAAAGAACACACAACCCAUUAAGGAUUUUCCACAGUUCCCAGCCCAUUUCACUUCCUGAGCCCAAAUCCGUUGUGGGAGGUUCCAUAUUCACAAAUUGAAUGUGUUGUGAAACAGUGUCCUUAUACUUAUUCUUUAUUUAGGCGUGUCCCGUUCCAUGAAGGAUAAAGUAACUAAGCCCACUGCCAUGGCCUCAGGCAAAGUGGCUCACAUGAUCGAAUGGCAGAGCUGGAACACACCAUCCAAUGGGACUGAAGGGAAUGUGGUCGCCAAAAUCCCAACCUCGCAACGCGAGAAGGAGAGGCGGAUGGAGAGCGAAAUGUACAGUGAACUCAGUGAAGGAGAAAAGGAGGCCCGCUUCACUGCAGGUAAGAGUGAACAUAAGAACCAAUUAAAAUUAAACAAAUCAACACGUCAAUAAAUUUGAUUUGGAACCAUGUAUUUUACAUUGUUUACAAAGUCUCUCCCCUUGUUUCUCCCAGGAUUAAUGGCACAAUUUGCCUUAUCGGAGGCUACUUUGCUGGGCUGGAGAUCUAUGGAGGAAGACAGCCUUUGUGCUGGCUCCAAACAUGGCAGUGUGGCACACCUCAGUGAGACCAACCAGGAGAGCAUCACCAGCAGAGGUACAGGACUACAAACAUGGCCGCAACACACUACAGAUAGGGCAGCCAUUUUAUUAGACCUUUUGUUUUUAAAGUGCAAACUAAAUCUCAAUGAACAACACUCACUGAAUCUGUUCAUCCAAUGCCAUAGUGCUUUAUUGUGAAAUUUAGAAGGAUGUACAGGUAACAUUUAAUAGCAUAUAGCAUUUAAAGCUGAGAUAUGAGAUAGGCACAACAGCCCCACUGGCCACCCCAGGUGCAUUUGUUAUUGUUUUUUCUUGUUGUUGAGGAAAUGAGCAUCCAGCAUCGUGGUAAAAAUAAAUCGUGGUACAUACUCUGCUGUUCUAUCGUGCGUGCAAUGGUGAGCAAUGAUGUCUGAAAGGAAGAAACUGUGUUCAUUGUUUGAAGUAACAUCUUUGUUGUUGUAAUAUCGCAAAUGGACAUAGCAAUUUCACUGCUAUGGAUUCCAGGUUUAAUGAAUGAAUAAAAACAAUAAUGUAUACUAAAUUAAGCAUAUACUUUUCCACAACAAUUUUAGUACCAAAUGCAAAACCACAUAAUUUAGCUCUUAUUUAGUUGUGAAGAGGGAUCAUAAUUGACUUGUGAGCUCCACAUCAACUCUGUAUUGGACUGUGCUCCUCCAUAUUUUACUGUAGAAGGCUUCCAGCCAUUUUGAUUGAGCUUGUUUACUCCGGUUUGAUUGAUGUCAUUUCCACUCCAUUUGACAGGCCGGCUAGAGGUGCAUCAGGGCUUUAUGAAGAAAUGUUGCGGAGAAACUCAAAAUGGCAGCUGUGGUCCUGGGGUGUUUGGUUAGCUAGUGUUGUGUUGUAGCAGAAAACCCUGGGGGAGCUUGUAGGUUAACACAAGGACUUAGCCUGGCUCUCAUUAACAGCACCAUAUGGGCCUAUUCUCUGCUAUUAUCAACCCAGAGACCAAUUAAAAUCUGCUUAUUAUAGGCAUUAUAAUAACCAAGGCAUGGUUUGCUCAUCGUCAAGCGAGCUUUAAUUUGAUCCUUUAGAUACGUUGAGCUUUAAAUAAGUUGCCAGUGUAUUUCUUGUCGAAAUGGUGAUACUGCUGUAAAUAUCUUCUGAUAUCUGGUGAUACCGCUGCUUUAAGGGCCUUUGACCCCAACUAAUGUAAACCAUUGUUAUGGAAACUAAAGGUCACAUUUACCUAUAUCCACUGCCGUUGCUGUAAAUGAGAAUGUGUUCUCAGUCAACUUACCUGGUAAAAUAAGGGUAAAAUAAAAUGAAUACAAAUUCUAUGAUACAUAAAAAGUAUUUGCUUGUGUACAAAACAAAACACCUUCCUAAUAUUGAGUUGCACACCCUUUUGCCCUCAGAACAGCCUCAAUUCGUCGGGGCAUGGACCCAUGUUUACUCCAACGCUUCCCACAGUUGUGUCAAGUUGGCUGGAUGUCCUUUGGGUGGUGGACCAUUCUUGAUACACACAGGAAACUGUUGAGCGUGAAAAACCAGCAGCGUUGGAGUUCUUGACAUACUCGAACCGGUGCACCUGGCACCAACUAAAAUACCCUGUUCAAAGGCACUGAAAUAUUUUGUCUUGCCCAUUCACCCUCUGAAUGGCACACAUACACAAUCCAUGUCUCAAUUGGCUUAAAAAUCCUUCUUUAACCUGUCUCCUUCCCUUCAUCUACACUGAUUGAAGUGGAUUUAACAAGUGACAUCAAUAAGGGAUCAUAGCUUUCACCUGGAUUCACCUGGUCAGUUGUCGUGACGUGACUUUCAUUAAUAUGAUAACUGUUAUUUAUCGAAUCAACUAACUAUGUUUAAUUGUUAGUCGAUGAAAUUAAUCAUGUAACAAUUAACUCAUUAGGAUUUGGGUCACCAUGGAAUAAGUUGUUUAUAGAGUUACCAUCUCCCGAAUUAAACUCUAAAAGGUCUUUACCUAUCAAUAUGUAUAAAACAGUCAACGUAUCAAUCAUUACCUCUUAUCAGUCGUCAUUCUGAACGGUCGCAGAAUUCUUGGAUCUGCAAGAAGCCCAGCUUUACUUAUGAUUCAGCACUACACAAAUAGGCUUAAUUAUUUAUUUACUAGCUCACUAAAUAAUAACACAGAAUACAUACACUUAAUACACGAGAAAAAGUCCCUAGCGUACUAACAGCAUGACUGCUUGGUUAUCAAAAGAGGGAGGGGUAAGGAAGAGAGAGGGAAGGGGAGAGACAAAGAGAGAGUCAACUUAUCGUUGAUACAUUUGGAAGCUACCCUCAAAGUAAUCAUAAUACUUUGCUCACGAACCACCGCCCGUUUGGGUAAGAAGUCAUGAAUGUAUUUACGUGUAGAUAUCUUUGUUCGUUAUACCAUCUUUAAUGACAUCACAAAAUAAUAAACAAUGUGACAUGAUUAUUCUUUAGAUCCCCACUGACCAUUCCAAACAUUCGGAUGUUAGAAAUAUUGUUCCAGUGUUUCCUUUUUGGACGGUAUAGUUUUGGCGGCAAAGGUCUUCUGGAGACAAAGGGACAUUCCAAUCAAUACUGGAGAGCAAGAAAGAGAUUCCCCUCCUGCCUAAUUUACGACCGAGUAUUAAGGUGUCAAAACCGGCCCAGCCCCCCUUCCCCUCUUCUGUGGGUCAGAGGGUCUGGUUGUUGUCAGCCAUUUGCCAAGCUGAUCUGAGGCCUUUGAUCCUCACCCAGGAGAGUCAUGACACAGUCUAUGUCAUGGAAAGAGCAGGUGGUCUUAACGUUUUGUACACUCAGUGUAUAUCUUGUAUGUAAUCCAAAAUGUAAACAUAUACUUCUCCCUUCAUCCCUCCCUAACACAACAGACCAGGCAAUGCAUCACUCCUCAGCUGACGUGUGGCCCAACACCUACGUCGCCCAGGGCCUCUACUGCCUCUCCUCCUCUGACGCCUGGGAGCCAAUUAGCAACGAUCCCUCGGGCGUGGCCUCGCCGGCCACCUACAUCAUGGCAGGUGGGGGAGGAGGGACACCCGGUGAGGGCUACGGUGAGAUGGACAACGGUGGCGUCUACAUCCAGCAGCAGCAGCCCCAACAGCUCACGCUGCAGCAGCAGAGCCAGUUGCAGAUCCAGCAGUUGCAGCAGAUCCAGCUGUACCAGCACCAGCAGCUAAUGCUCUACCAACAGCAACAGGUGAGACAGACUGGACUGGACUGGACUGCCUCAUAGAUCACUGUCACCUGGUGGAGUUAGUGUUUCAAUAACAACAUGGAACUGUCUAACUGACAACCAUUGUAAGACAGCAGUAUGCUAGCAGUUUGCUGAGACACUAGUGUUAUUAGCUGUUGCGAUUUUAGCAUGUAAAUCUUGGUGGGGCAAACUCAAAAAAUAUUAUUUAUUUAAUUUAACUAGGCAAGUCAGUUAAGAACAAAUUCUUAUUUACAAUGAUUGCCUACACCGGACGACGCUAGACCAGUUGUGCACCACCCUAUGGGACUCACAAUCACGGCAGGAUGUGAUACACACAGCCUGGAAUCGAACCAGGGUCUGUAGUGACGCUUCUAGCACUGAGAUGCUGUGCCUUAGACCACUGCGCCACUUAUAAUUAAAUGCAUUCUAGAAAAAGCCACUACACAACACAACACAACACUAGACAAUACAUGAAUUGGACUAUAACGGUGCCCACAAACUGGCCUACAUAAGUCCCUACAGCAGUCCCAACACCUUACCACCACUACACAUGGCUAUCAGCGGAGUCAUGUCUGGCAGUGAAACGGUUCAUUCAGCCUCAUUUACUGCCUUUAAAAAAACAUAGCUGAUAUGGCUGACUUGCUUGCUUAAACAAAUGUGGUUUCUACUGACAUUUGAGACGUACAAACUAUGGCAUAAGGGGACAACGAGCGGAUGAGAGGCAAUCCGUAAUUUAGAUUAAGACAAUAAUGAGCGAGCUAGGACGGACGUAGUCAAUAUAAUAAUUUGUUCAGCACUUUUAAAAUGUACAGCGACAGAAUUCAGAAUAUGGGCCGUUCUUACAAUAUUCUCCCUGUACACCAAGUCAGAACCAUAGGAUAAAGGGGACAUAUAAGCAGACAAUGAAAGCUCUUACAAUAUUUGAUUAUGACGUUUCUCUAAAACAGGCUAUAGGCUACAUGUGCACGACCAAGUCAGAACAGUUGGCUAAAUUAUGAGGGGAAAAGGGAUCAAAUUAUUAGGGUGAGGCACAUAGGCUACUAACAGCUUACUACAAAACAUUAACUUAGUAUUACUUUCUUAGCUACAGUAUACAGUGGCUUGCGAAAGUAUUCACCCCCCUAGGCAUUUUUCCUAUUUUGUUGCCUUACAACCUGGAAUUAAAAUUGAUUUUUUGGGGGAUGGUAUCAUUUGAUUUAUAGAACAUACCCUACCACUUUGAAGAUGCAAAAUAUUUGUUAUUGUGAAACAAACAAGAAAUAAGACAAAAAAACAGAAAACUUGAGCGUGCCUAACUGUUCACCCCCCCAAAGUCAAUACUUUAUAGAGCCACCUUUUGCAGCAAUUACAGCUGCAAGUCUCUUGGGGUACAGUGGGGAAAAACAAGUAUUUAGUCAGCCACCAAUUGUGCAAGUUCUCCCACUUAAAAAGAUGAGAGAGGCCUGUAAUUUUCAUCAUAGGUACACGUCAACUAUGACAGACAAAUUGAGAGAAAAAAAUCCAGAAAAUCACAUUGUAGGAUUUUUAAUGAAUUUAUUUGCAAAUUAUGGUGGAAAAUAAGUAUUUGGUCACCUACAAACAAGGAAGAUUUCUGGCUCUCACAGACCUGUAACUUCUUCUUUAAGAGGCUCCUCUGUCCUCCACUCGUUACCUGUAUUAAUGGCACCUGUUUGAACUUGUUAUCAGUAUAAAAGACACCUGUCCACAACCUCAAACAGUCACACUACAAACUCCACUAUGGCCAAGACCAAAGAGCUGUCAAAGGACACCAGAAACAAAAUUGUAGACCUGCACCAGGCUGGGAAGACUGAAUCUGCAAUUGGUAAGCAGCUUGGUUUGAAGAAAUCAACUGUGGGAGCAAUUAUUAGGAAAUGGAAGACAUACAAGACCACUGAUGAUCUCCCUCGAUCUGGGGCGCCACGCAAGAUCUCACCCCGUGGGGUCAAAAUGAUCACAAGAACGGUGAGCAAAAAUCCCAGAACCACACGGGGGGACCUAGUGAAUGACCUGCAGAGAGCUGGGACCAAAGUAACAAAGCCUACCAUCAGUAACACACUACGCCGCCAGGGACUCAAAUCCUGCAGUGCCAGACGUGUCCCCCUGCUUAAGCCAGUACAUGUCCAGGCCCGUCUGAAGUUUGCUAGAGUGCAUUUGGUUGAUCCAGAAGAGGAUUGGGAGAAUGUCAUAUGGUGGAAACAUCAUGCUUUGGGGCUGUUUUUCUGCAAAGGGACCAGGACGACUGAUCCGUGUAAAGGAAAGAAUGAAUGGGGCCAUGUAUCGUGAGAUUUUGAGUGAAAACCUCCUUCCAUCAGCAAGGGCAUUGAAGAUGAAACGUGGCUGGGUCUUUCAGCAUGACAAUGAUCCCAAACACACCGCCCGGGCAACGAAGGAGUGGCUUCGUAAGAAGCAUUUCAAGGUCCUGGAGUGGCCUAGCCAGUCUCCAGAUCUCAACCCCAUAGAAAAUCUUUGGAGGGAGUUGAAAGUCCGUGUUGCCCAGCGACAGCCCCAAAACAUCACUGCUCUAGAGGAGACCUGCAUGGAGGAAUGGGCCAAAAUACCAGCAACAGUGUGUGAAAACCUUGUGAAGACUUACAGAAAACGUUUGACCUGUGUCAUUGCCAACAAAGGGUAUAUAACAAAGUAUUGAGAAACUUUUGUUAUUGACCAAAUACUUAUUUUCCACCAUAAUUUGCAAAUAAAUUCAUAAAAAAUCCUACAAUGGGAUUUUCUGGAUUAAUUUUUCUCAUUUUGUCUGUCAUAGUUGACGUGUACCUAUGAUGAAAAUUACAGGCCUCUCUCAUCUUUUUAAGUGGAAGAACUUGCACAAUUGGUGGCUGACUAAAUACUUUUUUUCCCCACUGUAUGUCUCUAUAAGCAUUGCACAUCUAGCCACUGGGAGGUUUUCCCAUUCUUCAAGGCAAAACUGCUCCAGCUCCUUCAAGUUGGAUGGGUUCCACUGGUGUACAGCAAUCUUUAAAUCAUACCACAGAUUCUCAAUUGGAUUGAGGUCUGGGCUUUGACUAGGCCAUUCCAAUACAUUUAAAUGUUUCCACUUAAACCACUCAAGUGUUGCUUUAGCAGUAUGUUUAGGGUCAUUGUCCUGCUGGAAGGUGAACCUCCGUCCCAGUCUUAAAUCUCUGGAAGACUGAAACAGGUUUCCCUCAAGAAUUUCCCUGUAUUUAGCGCCAUCCAUCAUUCCUUCAAUUCUGACCAGUUUCCCAGUCCCUGCCGAUGAAAAACAUCCCACCAGCAUGAUGCUGCCACCACCAUGCUUCACUGUGGGGAUGGUGUUCUCGGGGUGAUGAGAGGUGUUGGGUUUGCGCCAGACAUAGCGUUUUCCUUGAUGGCCAAAAAGCUCAAUUUUAGUCUCAUCUGUCCAGAUUACCUUCUUCCAUAUGUUUGGGGAGUCUCCCACAUGCCUUUUGGCGAACACCAAACGUGUUUGCUUAUUUUUGUCUUUAAGCAAUGGCUUUUUUCUGGCCACUCUUCCGUAAAGCCCAGCUCUGUGGAGUGUACGGCGUAAAGUGGUCCUAUCGACAGAUACUCCAAUCUCCGCUGUGGAGCUUUGCAGCUCCUUCAGGCUUAUCUUUGGUCUCAUUGUUGCCUCUCUGAUUAAUGCCGUCCUUGCCUGGUCCGUGAGUUUUCGUGGGCGGCCCUCUCUUGGCAGGUUUGUUGUGGUUCCAUAUUCUUUCCAUUUUUUAAAUAAUGGAUUUAAUGGUGCUCCGUGGGAUGUUCACAGUUUCUGAUAUUUUUUAUAACCCAACCCUGAUCUGUACUUCUCCACAACUUUGUCCCUGACCUGUUUGGAGAGCUCCUUGAUCUUCAUGGUGCCGCUUGCUUGGUUAUGCCCCUUGCUUAGUGGUGUUGCAGACUCUGGGGCCUUUCAGAACAGGUGUAUAUAUACUGAGAUCAUGUGACAGAUCAUGUGACACUUAGAUUGCACACAGGUGGACUUUAUUUAACUAAUUAUGUGACUUCUGAAGGUAACUGGUUGCACCAGAUCUUAUUUAGGGGCUUCAUAGCAAAGGGGAUGAAUACAUAACCCUUUUCCGUUAUUUAUUUUUUAGAAUUUUUUGAAACAAGUAAUUUUUUUCAUUUCACUUCACCAAUUUGGACUAUUUUGUGUAUGUCCAUUACAUGAAAUCCAAAUAAAAAUCCAUUUAAAUUACAGGUUGUAAUGCAACAAAAUAGGAAAAAUGCCAAGGGGGGUGAAUACUUUUGCAAGACACUGUGCAUAUCUCCCUGGCAUAUUACAUAAUUUAUGCAGCAGCAUACAAUACAUUUUUGGAGGCACCUUGUUAUGCUGUGCUCACUUGAACAGGAAGUGUUUUCAAAGUCUGGCAUUUUCUGGAUUUGUGGUGUUUUCCAGACAACUGGGAACUCUGAAAAAAUAACAAGGUUGAAUCAUGACGUUAGUGAUCUUCAGGUCGGAGCUCUAGAAAGAGGCCAGAGUUCCCGACUUGGAAUUCCAAGUUCGAUGACCGUUCAAAACGUAUUUACCCAGUCGUAGCUUGUUUUUUUCAGAGUUCCCAGUUGUCUUGAACUCACUGAAGUCUAAGAUUUCCCAGUUCUGAGUUUCCAGUUGUUUUGAAUGCGGAAGAAGUCAUGCUGGAUUGACAGCAUGGCCAAUGUUGAAUGUUUAUCAUUUUAAGCUUGGAAAAGAGACCCUUAAACCCAGACUUGGACCACACAUCCACUCCACUGAAUAGCAGGCUAGUGAAUGCUUUGCAAUGCUUGCAGUUAGCCACUGAUUCCUUCCAAACCAUUGUUGAAUUUGCGAUUUCCAACUUGUUGUGUAAUGUUUGUGUCCAAUGGCCGAUGAGCACCGAUACAUUUUAUCUAUAAUUUCUCUUCAUAAUUUCUCUUCAUAUGACAAGGAUUGAAAAGGAUUUGCCAGUAGAUUGUUGACUCGAUUCAUGAUGAUGAUUGCUAGCUUGCUAGCUAAGAUUUUCAAAGUAUGAUGUUGACAUGAUCAGUCCAAUCAAAGCUACGGUAGAUAUAACGGGAUUUGACAUCAUUUUAUCUGUGGCCUUACUUGGAUGGGCACUUCUAAUGCAACUCUAUGGCAGCACCCAAGGGGCUUGAAUUUUCGAGCUCUCCCUGUAGAUUUGGUGGUGACAUAGUGUCCCCAUGAGUGACAGAACACUGAGCCAAUCACGGCGCAACUAGAGAACAUUACCAACCCCUAUGCUCCGUAUUUUCCGCUGGCUGCCAUACCACCACAGAAAGCACUGAGCUAGGCUGAAACACCUGCAUUUUGGAGCUGCCUUACUCAAGAAAGCAAAAAAGAGACCAUGUUUAUAUGCAGCUUUAUUAACUCAAUGAUUAAUGCCAAAGUAACAUACAAAACAGGCAACAACAACAACAAAAAAGCCCCACCUGCCCUGAAUGAUGGGUCACCACUGGUUAUUAGUAAAACAUUUAUCCAAAUUUGUAUCCUUCUUACUGGUAAUGUAAUGCUACCAAGGCUAGUCCUACUAAUUAAAUACAGAAAUACUUGUUGCCAAGAGCAACAGAUGACUCAUUCCUCCCACUAGCCAUGAGCUAUCGGGUCAUGGGUAGGUUUCUUGAUUAUCUUUUUUUUUUUGUCAUGAAAAAAUGUUAAUGAACUGUGUUCCCUAUCUACAGGCAAUGGAACACAGGCUACACAGUGCAAACCACUCCCUCCAAGCCACGCCCAACAGCACUAUCCACAGUCUGGGCCUGCCUACUCACCCUCGCCUGGCUGACCUAUGGGGCUCUGCGCAGGUGGAGAUUGUUGGACAGAUGAGCGGGCCAAUGGCUGACAUGGUUAGUGGUGUGGUUGAGACCUUGGGGGAGGAGCCAGAGGAGGAGAGCGAUUGCAUUCCAGAGCAACAGGAAGAGGAGGAGACUAAGGUGAGCCAUGAGGUUGAAGAAAAAUGUGUUGAUUUUCAGACUAGCGUUUUGUAUUGUUUUAGAUAUCAUCCAUAUUGGGCCUCCCGAGUGGCGCAGUGGUGUAAGGCACUGCAUCACCGUGUUUGAGGCAUCACUACAGACCCGAGUUCGAUCUCAGGCUGUGUCACAAUUGGCCCAGCGUCAUCCAGGUUAGGGGAGGGUUUGGCCGGGGGGGGGGCUUUACUUGGCUCAUUGUGCUCUGGCGACUCCUUGUGGCGGGCCGGGUGCCUGCAGGCUGACUUCGGUCAUCAGUUGAACGUGUUUCCUCUGACACAUCAGUGCAGCUGGCUUCCAGGUUAAGCGGGCGGGUGUUAAGAAGCGCGGUUAGGCGGGUCAUGUUUCAGAGGACGCAUGAAUCAACCUUCACCUCUCCCGAGCACGUUGGGGCGUUGCAGCGAUGAGACAAGAUUGCCAUUGGGGAGAAAAAGGGGGUCAAAUUCACCCAAAAAAAAGAUAUAAUACACAUUGAUGCCUAAUGGUACUAAGCAGAUUGAGCCAAACUGAUAUUGUCACUCUCAACAGCAGGCCCUACAAGUAGGCAUGAUUAAAGUAGGAAGAAAUUGUUGAAAAAAGGUGUGAGUGUGCUACAUUACUAUUAUAAAAUAUUGAAUUACUUUGACAUAUUUAAUUAUGUUAUAUUACUCUAAAUUCCCUAUGGUGGACAUAACAUGUUACUACAUUACACAGACGUUUUCACUACACAAGAAUUCCAGGAAAUACACAUCCUUUUUAUCUCAGUUUGGUGAUGUUAGUUUUAAAGUUUAUAGUCAUCACAAUCUCACAAAAUCGUUUUCUUAAAGCAUAUCAAUAUAUUUCGUUUAGUACCAGGUUUUUGUCAUACGUGCCAGUCCGUAGUGGGAUUUGCAGCUUUACGGGAGGAGCUAUGCGCUACUCCCGUAAACGUCUCUAGCCUCACAUAAUUUCAUGGAUUUGAGGGUUAAACUAUCAUUCAAAUGAAAGCUAACCCCUGUCGCUAUUUAGAAACGGUGUGAGGUGGUGAUUCGUUGAAAUUAUCCACUUAUAAGUUUUGUGUUUCCUUUUCCGUGUUGGCCAUCUACCAAAAUCACUUUCUCACAAAGAUUGUAAGUUGAUGAAUGGCUACGACAGGUUGUCAUCUAUCGACAGAUAUAUGUAGAAUACUCAAGUUCUUUGAGGUUUGUCUGUUAGAGCACAAACGGUACAUGUCGCCGCAGUUAUUGUCCCAGUUCCAUUAAUUUCAAUAUGUUGUAACUAAAUAAUGAUGCUAAUUAUGCUGUGAGAACAAGGAAUCCGCUGACACUGUCCUCGAUUAUAAAAGUUUUAUUACAUUGAAGAUUUCAGCGCCAAUUUACAGACUUCUGCAGACAUCUGGAGAACAACCGCCCAAUCUCUGAUGUUGUUACUACCUGUCCUUUGUUUCAACCAUGGUAUUUAUAUCCUAUGCCCUAUGUAACAUAAUAUGGGUGUUUUCCCAUAAACCAAUCCCAGGAGGCCACCUAACAGACUUCCUCUAACACACCAUUUGCAAACAUCAACAAAGUCUAAACUGUUUAGACACUACAAAUACAAUAUCGAUGUGAGUGAUUCAUUUGCACGUGCAAUUUAUUACAGUAGAACAAGCUAAUCAACUCCAGUCUUGAGUGACCGCCUGGUAAAUAUUGUUGCGUGUGUAGUUUAUAAGGUACUAAUUUAGCAAAAUACAAGUAAUCUAAACACAAGGGUGGCACGUGUGUGUAAGGAGGAACUUUUAUGUAUUGGUCCUCAAAAAUCACAACUUAUUUCAGCAUAUUGAUUAUGAAUUUGGACAUAUAUGUCACGAUCGUCGAAGGAGGAGGACCAACGCGCAGCGUUAUUUGCAAACAUACUUAUUUAUUAAUUAACACGAACAAACCAACAAACGAUAACGUGAAGUCCUUGGUUAACACACAUAAACCAACAUGGAACAAGAUCCCACAAACACUGUGGGAAAACUGGCUGCUUAAGUAUGGUUCUCAAUCAGAGACAACAAGCAACAGCUGAUACACGUUGCCUCUGAUUGAGAACCACACUGGCCAACAUAGAAAUACAAUACUAGAAUGAACACACACAUAUAGAAACUACACACCCUGGCUCAACAUAACAGAGUCCCAGAGCCAGGGCGUGACAGUACCCCCCCCCCCCCCCAAAGGCGCGGACUGCGACCGCGCCUAAACAUAAACCGAACAGGGGAGGGCUGGGUGGGCAUUCCUCCUCGGAGGCGGUUCCGGCUCCGGGCUUGACCACCACCCUCCAACAAUCCCCCCGUAGCGCCCCUGGUCCAGUCUGGCCCCGCUGGCUGGAGCUGGACUGGACAUUGUUGGAGCGGAUUGCUUAGGCUCCGGUGUGGAGCAGCUGACCGGUACUUGACCAGGCACCGGUGACCCAGGCACGGGCCGGACCGGGCUGACGACGCGCACCACAGGCUUGGUGUGGGGAGCAGGGACGGGCCGAACCGGGCUGAUGAAGCGCACCACAGGCUUGGUGCGGGGAGCAGGGACAGGCCGGGCCGGGCUGGCGACGCGCACCGUAGGCUUGGUGCGAGGGGCAGGAACAGGCCGGGCCGGGCUGGCGACGCGCACCAUUGGCUUGGUGCGGGGAGCAGGAACAGGCCGGGCCGGGCUGGCGACGCACACCGUAGGCUUGGUGCGAGGGGCAGGAACAGGCCGGGCCGGGCUGACGACGCGCACCGUAGGCUUGGUGCGAGGGGCAGGAACAGGCCGGGCCGGGCUGGCGACGCGCACCAUUGGCUUGGUGCGGGGAGCAGGAACAGGCCGGACCUGGCUGGCGACGCGCACCAUUGGCUUGGUGUGGGGAGCAGGAACAGGCCGGGCCGGGCUGGCGACGCGCACCGUAGGCUUGGUGCGAGGGGCAGGAACAGGCCGGGCCGGGCUGGCGACGCGCACCAUUGGCUUGGUGCGGGGAGCAGGAACAGGCCGGGCCGGGCUGACGACGCGCACCAUUGGCUUGGUACGGGGAGCCGGAACAGGCCGGGCCGGGCUGACGACGCGCACCAUUGGCUUGGUACGGGGAGCCGGAACAGGCCGGACCGGGCUGACGAUGCGCACCAUUAACUUAGUGCGGGGAGCAGGAACGGGUCGGGCCGGACUGGGAACACGCACUACUAACUUAGUGCGGGGAGCAGGAACGGGCCGGACCGGACUGGUGACACACACCACUUGCUUGGUGUGAGGAGCGGGACUGGGUUUCUUCAUAACCCUCCGCUCCCUCAGCUGCCUACUCAGUUCCUCUGGCCUUGCCUCUACUCUCUCCUUCUCCCUUCUAGCCUCCAGUAGCUCCUCCCUCUGACCCACUAACUCCUGCUCUCUCCUUACCAAUAGCCUCCUUAACCUGGAGGCCUCCUCUCCUAACCUCCCAAUACGUCCUGUAGCUGCCUCCUGCUGCCCUGUCGCCCAUGCCGUGUGCCCCCCCCUAAACAUUUUUUGGGGUUGCCUCUCGUCCGUCCGACGACGACACUGUUGACGCCGUUGCUCCUCUCUCCGGCGCGCCUCCACCGUCUCCUCCCACGGACGGCGAUCCAUCCCGGCCUGGAUUUCCUCCCAGGUCCAGGACCCCUGCCCGUCCAAUAUCUGCUCCCACGUCCAGGCUGUCUGCUCCUGAGCACGCUGCUUGGUCCUGUAGUGGUGGGAUCUUCUGUCACGAUCGUCGAAGGAGGAGGCCCAACACGCAGCGUUAUUUGCAAACAUACUUAUUUAUUAAUUAACACGAACAAAACAACAAACGAUAACGUGAAGUCCUUGGUUAACACACAUAAACCAACACGGAACAAGAUCCCACAAACAGUGUGGGAAAACUGGCUGCUUAAGUAUGGUUCUCAAUCAGAGACAACAAGCAACAGCUGAUACACAUUGCCUCUGAUUGAGAACCACACUGGCCAACAUAGAAAUACAAUACUAGAAUGAACACACACAUAUAGAAACUAUACACCCUGGCUCAACAUAACAGAGUCCCAGAGCCAGGGCGUGACAAUAUAAAACCAGUGUUUUGACACUCGGCCAUAGAUCAAAAAGCCAUGACAACAGGAAGCAGCAAUAGUAUAUAUAAAAAAAUGUUUUAGCAAUAUAAAUGGUAGAUGUAACAUUAUAUUUUAACAGGAUUCUACUUUAUCAGGUAAAAUUACUGAGUGAGCCAAAAAAAGGUGCUAUGAUUUAUUGAUUUUAUGUUUGGCUUGGCUACUACAAGUGUUUUACUUCAAAGUCCUCCAGCCACAAGAUAUCGUUCAAGGCUAAUGAAUGGGUUAUGGAUUUAUGAUGUGCCCACAGGUAGUUCCUCUUGACUGAUCCUCACAGUUUGGUAAGUACAGUAUAGCCAGUAAACCAUCCAUUUACUGUUUUCACAGGAAGAUGAGGUUACGUUAACCUUAGAACCAACUUUGACCCCGUCCCCGCUUAGAGAAGACGCCACCCCGAUUGGAGGCACCAGUCCACAACUAGCACGCACAGAACUAAUGGCAGAGCGCAUACCCUUUGUGGUCACACCCUGCAUUGUCCAAUCGUUGGAGGAGAAGGACGAAGAGGUGGUGAAGGGGUCUAUUGUUGCCGUGGCGACCAAUUGAGGGGGAUAGCCAGAAAGAGAGACUGACAAACAGGAUAUACUUAUCAAUAAUCAACCAAUCAAGCUAUUCUUCCCCCCUUCCAGCUAUUUACCCACUCUGGGACUGAAAAAAAACAGAACAACUUUUCCUGGAGGAGAAAGUAUUGGAUAUGACAAUGCUGAAAGGGAACUUUAAAGACAACUCAUUGACUGCUAAAAUGUGUAGGUUUGCAUAAACGUGAGUACUUGUUUUGCAGUGAUAUUGAACUAUGGAAAUGAAAUUGAAAGAAUGGAGUAGAGAGAAAGAAAAAUAAUGCUGGGAAAAGAUCAGUGCAAUACAGAAAAUCACGAGACAACCAAAAGAAAGUGCAUGCUUUUGAAAGUAAUUUAACGAUAAUAGUAAACCGUAUACAAAGUAAAAAUAUCUAAAUGAUUUUUUAUAAAAACGAAAAAGGAAAUAAAGUAAUAUGUAUUAGUGUGUUUGUGUGUGUGUGUGCU